AUGAAGAUGGGUUUGGCUGGGUUUCAAGUUCUCUUGGUCUUGGGUCUCUUGGCUACAUCAUGCAUAGCCCAAGCCCCAUCCGCCGCACCCACCGCCACACCACCAACCGCAACACCACCAACCGCAAAGCCACCAACCGCAACACCACCCACAGCCACCCCUCCAUCCGCCGCACCAGUUCCGGCACCUACCACGUCACCAACUCCGUCUCCAACCAAAGCCCCAGCUCCAAGCCCCACAGCGCCAGCCUCCUCCCCCUCAGCCGAGACACCGUCUUCAACUUCUCCACCUGCACCCGGGGGCCCAGCCGGCAGCCCGAGCUCCCCGACGGCCGACACCCCUUCUCCUCCUCCUCCCAGUGGGAGCUACGCUCCUGGAUUGGCCAGCCGCGCUGCUAUUGCUGGAACUGCUCUCGCCGGAGCCUUGUUUGCCGUUGUGUUGGCUUAA